CGCUAAAUCGUCGCCUGUAAUCCUCAGUGUACAGGCGAAUCUCUGCGGGCUUGUUUUAUUUUAUGCACAGAGAGGACAAGUUUUAUCUUUUGACUCCCAAACGAAAAUGGACAACUCUGGGAAAGAGAAGGAAGCGAUUCAGUUAAUGGCCGACGCGGACAAGAAAGUCAAGUCUUCUGGCUCUUUUUUGGGAGGAAUGUUUGGAGGAGGACAUCAUAAAGUGGAGGAGGCAUGUGAUAUGUACUGCAGAGCCGCCAAUAUGUUCAAGAUGGUGAAGAACUGGAGUGCUGCUGGAAAUGCAUUUUGUAAAGCUGCACGUCUCCAUAUGCAGCUUCAGAAUAAACACGACUCUGCUACCAGUUACAUUGAUGCAGGAAAUGCAUUCAAGAAGUCUGAUCCGAACGAGGCAAUCAAGUGCUUAAAUGCUGCCAUCGAUAUUUACACAGACAUGGGAAGGUUCACCAUCGCGGCCAAGCACCACAUCAGCAUCGCAGAGGUUUACGAGUCCGAGCUGGUGGAUAUUGAAAAGGCUACUGCACAUUAUGAACAGGCGGCAGACUACUACAAAGGAGAAGAGUCGACCAGUUCUGCAAACAAAUGUCUGCUGAAGGUGGGGGCUUACUGUGCUCAGCUGGAGCAGUACCAGAAGGCGAUUGAGAUCUACGAGCAGGUUGGAGCCAACACCAUGGACAACACACUGCUGAAAUACAGCGCCAAAGAGUAUUUCUUCAAAGCAGCCCUUUGUCACUUCAUCGUGGAUGAGCUGAACGCGAAGAUUGCUGUUGAGAAAUAUGAGGAGAUGUUUCCGGCAUUUUCAGACUCUCGAGAAUGCAAACUGUUGAAGAAACUUCUCGAGGCACACGAGGAACAGAACAGUGACGCUUUCACAGAGGCAGUAAAGGAGUACGACUCGAUCUCUCGCUUGGACCAUUGGCACACAACCCUCCUGUUGCGCAUUAAAAAAACCAUCCAGGGUGACGAAGGGGAUCUGAAGUGAAACGC